CCUGUUGGCCAUCAUCACUAUCUUCCUGCCCAGCGGAGGAUGUGAGAGGAGGAUCUGCACUCUGGCUGGUUACAUGCAAAUGUCUGCAGUGGUCAUCAUGGCUGCCGGGUUGCUGGUCUACCCCUUCGGGCUGAACUCCUCUCUGGUCCGAUCCUUCUGCGGGGACUCGGAUAUCUACUACGCGGGUGACUGCCAGAUGGGCUGGGGCUACAUGCUGGCCAUUGUUGGGGUCAUGCUUACUCUCUUUCUGCCCUUUUUUGCCAAAUAUGCACCUAAGGAGCAGCUGUCCCCCACCCCUCUGCCCACACUGUUAUAGGGCAAUGAAAAAAUGUUUGGAUUUGAUAUCAAACAGAAACAAUUGCAUCGUUUUUUUAUUGCUACAUUUUGAUGCUUUUUGGAAACUCAGUAAUCCGUGAAUCUGAGAAUUUAAAAAAACACACACUCGGUCUUCCUCCAACCAUUCCUGUAUAUAAUAAAUUCUAACUAAUUUUCUUUAAAUGGAAGGCUUUUGCUAUAGUUGGAUUUACCAUCAAAUUGAUAUAUUUUCAGCCAUCUGACUUCUGACUUCUCUGGUCAUGGCGUCAGCUCUGGGGGAUCAGUUGAGAAUAAUAUUCUAAGUAAAGCAAUUUUUAAAAAAAACUGUAUCCACAAUGUGUUUCUUCUUUCGCUCCAUAAUGGAUACGAGUUAAUACUAAGUAUUCAAGAUUCCAAAACGGUCUGGAAGCUAUCCACGUAAAGACAAAGACAUCAAUGUCUAGGAGUACGGUUCAAACGGAUGAAAUGAUCGACUGACUCAGAGAGGACUCUUCAUCAUGGACUGUAUACUGGAUGUACUGUAUGUACAGUAACAGUAGACAAUAUUUGCAAAGAAAGCUUGAUUCAAGGGGUUUGUUCUCAUCAGAUCCGGAGAUCUGAAGACAUUAGACUUUUCAACAAUGGUGCUUUUUAUAGCUGUCAUAAGAAAAUGGACAAUGGAAAACACCAGUGAUGCUUUCCAUAGAACAAAUGCAAAUACCCUGUCAUGACAAGUUCAUAAUAAUAUCGUGGUAGUUUCAGAGCGUUGGUGUUUUGUUGGAUACUUAUUUUCUUGGUCAUUUGUGAUUUUCCCCCAAAACAUGUUUGUGUAAUGUUAUUGCUUGUUAGACAUGAUUUUUUGUUUUUGCCUGCAAUACACAAUACUAAACACUAAUUCAGGAAAAAAAAAAAAAGAAUACAAAAGGCAGGGAGAUGUCGUCAAAACAUGCAUGUUGAACCAGACGGGCUCAGAUAAUAGAUGCGAUAGUACAACUAAUGUAGAUUUUAAAUGUGAUCUGACCACCUUGUGCCUUUCAUUAUAUCUGAGACAAACUAAACAGGAUGAUCAGGUUAUCAUCUCUUUCUGCUGAAAAACUGUGGAUAAAUGUUGCGUGAUGUGAUUCAAUAUCAUUCCACCUUUAUUUUCAAGAGGUGUUCCUUAUGCGUCGGACUCGCACAGUGUUAUCUCAUUAUCUUGAGAAAAUGAAAAAGACCGGUUU